AUGUCUACUACCAAUGCCAAUACUGUCUAUGGAGGAGACGAAAUCAAUGCCAUUAUAUUGGACAUUGGCUCGUUGAAUACACGGAUAGGAUAUGCAGGAGACGAUUUCCCCAAGAUCAUCACUGCUUCAAGCUAUGGACAAUUAUCCGAUGGAACAAGAAUAUUUGGAGAAAGUAUUGAUGUUUUGCGUCAAAAGGGCACUGAAGUGAAACGGAUUGUUGAGAAUUCAUUGAUUGUUGAUUGGGAAGCAGCCUUUGAAAUGUUCUCUUACUAUUUCAAACAAUUAAAGAUUGUUGAAAAAGACCAACCGAUUUUAAUCACUGAGCCUAUUUGGAGUACAAAUGAGUACCGUACUAGGUUAAUUGAGCAAGUGUAUAAGAGAUAUGAGUUUCCCGGAUUGUAUUUGGUGAAAGUGCCUAGUUGUAUUAGUUUCCAACAAGGAAGACCCAAUUGUUUAGUUGUUGACUUGGGCCAUGAUUCAAUUAGCGUGAGUCCUGUUGUUGACGGGAUCUGUUUGAUCAAAAGUUCAGUAAGGACGCCGUAUUCAGGAAAGUUUCUUAACAAUAUUGUGAAAGAUUUCUUACAAGGAAAGAAGAAAACCAGUAGCAAUGGAGAAGGAGAAGAGGAAGAAAAUAGACUAGUUAUUGAGCCAAGUAUAUUGAUAAAGAAUAAAGAACCAACCAAGUAUCCUCAAGAAAAGGCUGUGUUUGAAUUGAAGAAAUUGGGCGAGGAUGUUAUAGUAACUGAUCUGUUUAGACUAUAUGAGGAGGAUAAAAUAUGGCACGAGUUUAAGGAAACAAUGUUGGAAGUACCUACUCAAGAGAUGAAAAAGAAAUCAUCAUUAGGAAAAGGAAGAGGAGCAGGAGCAGGAGCAGGGGGAGGGGGAGGGGGAGGAAGAGACUGUAGUGAUGAUGAUUCUGAUUCUCCAUUGUUUUCCAAAAGAACCUUUGAGUUACCGACAGGUCAAUCGAUAACACUAGGUCAAGAACGAUUUCUCAUGGCUGAAACUAUAUUUGAUCCACUUUUAUAUAAAUUUAAUCAGUCCGAGUUGCAGCCUCCAGCGUGUAAUGGAGAAAUACCAGGGAUAGAACAUAAUACAAUAAGCGAGUACCGACCAGUCAAAAGGAUACGUCGAAGCGAGGAUGAGGAAAACGAUGUGGUAAAUAAAAAGGAAAUAGUGCGUGGUCUUACGCAAUUGAUAACUCAUGUAAUUUCCAUUAUCGAUAUUGAUUUGAGAGCAGGGCUAGCUAAUAAUAUUAUAGUUACUGGUGGUAGUUCACUUAUUGUCCAGUUGACCGAAAGAUUAUAUCACGAAUUAUCGCAGUUGAAUCCGGGACUAAAGAUUAGAUUACAUGCCACUGGAAAUUCAAUGGAGAGAAUUAACCAAAGUUGGAUAGGUGCUAGUGUUUUGGCUAGUUUGGGUACAUUUCAUCAAAUGUGGGUUAGUCAAAGGGAAUAUGAAAUGGAGGGCUCGGAGAGGAUAUUAAAUCAAAGGUUUCGGUGA